GCAAGAAAUUGUAGUGACUUUCACCCCUGAGAAUAAGUGUCUGGAUUUUAAAAACAAAUUAUAUAAUUGAAGUCAUUAUAUAAUGCAAAUAAGGUUGCUUAAAAGUUGGUGGAGACUAUUUGAGCAUCUUAAAAAGUUGGUAGUCUUAUGUCCCUACUGUCCCUAUGCAAACCUACACCCUUGAUGUCUUGUACCCGAUUGUAAGACUCUAAACUCUGCUCAUACCUCUUUGUGGUGUCUUGAUGAACUGAACUUUGAUUUUACUUUUUUUGAACACAUUUGGCUUUUCCUUAUUAUUAUUCUUACUUUUUUCAUGUCCAUCUGUUUUGUCGAUGAGGAUUCUUAGUCAAUUGUCACUGAGAGAAUUUGACAGCUCAUGGGUUGUCUUUUGCUGUGAUUGUUUUGCCCCCGCCCGCCCAAAUGAUUCGAACAAAGGAUUUGAAGGAAUUGAAUAACAAUACGAUGAUGUCACAUGUGGGGAAAAAAAGUCUACCUGUACUCAGACGGCUCUUGUUCUCGCCCUCUAGUGGUCACAUAAAAGUAGCACCCAGCGGAAAUAAAAGAAAAGCGCAAAUUGGCUCAGGUGAGCGGAGGCUGUGGUCAUUCCGAGAUGGACUCAAAACAACACAAGCUGUUGAAGAUAAUCACGCUGGCGGCCUUCUUGCUGGCGCAAAUUGACGGCGCCGCGCCUGUGAUCCACUCGCUCGAGUAUACAACAACAGGAUCGUUUCGAAUUCCAAAAUUCCCAGGGUAUUUGAGUGUGGGUUACGUUGACGGCGUUCAGAUUUCACACUACGACAGCGACAGUAGGGAAGCAAAAGCCAAACAGGAGUGGAUGAACAAAAUCACAGCUGAGGAGCCAUACUACUGGGAGACACAGAAACUGAUUAAUAUUGUUAAUCAGUACAAUGCCAAAGACAAUAUUGAAAUUCUUCAAGAGCGCUUCAACCAAACGGGAGGUCUUCACAUGAUCCAGCACAUGUUUGGCUGCCAAUGGGACGACGAGACCGACCAGGUGGAUGGUUGGUAUCACAUGAGUUACAACGGAGAGGACUUCAUAUGGUUCGAUUGGAAGCAACUAAGAUGGAUUGCUGUCCAGCCGCAAGCAGUUGUCACCAAACACAAGUGGGACGAAGGGGACGACUACAAUGAAUUCUUGAAGUUCUACAUGACGGAGGAAUGUCCUUCAUACUUGAAGAAGUACGUGAGCUUUGGAAGGGACGUCUUAAUGAGAACAGUGUCCCCGCAGGUGUCCCUGCUGCAGAAGACGGCGGGCUCACCGGUCACCUGCCAUGCCACCGGUUUCUACCCCAGGGCGGCCGUCCUCUUCUGGAAGAAGGACGGCCAGGAUCUGGACGACAACGUGGAGAUGCACGAGAUCCUCCCCAACCACGAUGGGACCUUCCAGACCAGCACUCGCCUCAUAACUGUGGACAAGGACGCUCGCUACGAGUGCGUCUUCCGGCUGGACAGCGUCCUGCAGGUCGUGACCCCGCUGGACCUCGCCAAGGUGUUGAGGAACAAGUGCAUAGAAGAAGGCACCUACGUCCUGUUGGUCCUAUUCGUUCUGUCUGCCGUUCUCAAUGUUGUCCUCAUUGUCUACUUUGUCGUCAAGUGUAAACGAGCUACCCGCGCUGAUUCUGAUAACACUUCCUCCCGGAUCGAUUCUCCCGAGACGGAUUUUGCUGAAGCCGCUUCUUCCGUGACCGAUGCCCCUAAGGUCGCUUUGCCUGAGACUGACGACCCCGAGACCAAGCUGCUUCCUCCGACACCAACACACCCAGGUUAA